AUGAACGCCGCGAAACAGGCGUGCCGGCCAAAGCAUCAGGUGCUAGUGCGCAAGUGCUACCCCAAGUUCACCAAGAACAAUGUCGAAGUCAAGGCCAAUUCGUCGGAGCUGAGCUACCUGUUGUACUAUGCGAGCACGCGACGUAGCAAGCUGCAGAAGGUGGGCGACUUUCUCGACAAGCGCACCACGGCAGACGUCUGGAAGGUCCGCACGGGGAAUGUGCAGGUCACCCUGCAGAUCCUCAAGGCUCUCAUCGAGAAAUGCCCCCGCGACCUGCCUCUCUUCGCCGCCGCCGUGUUGAGGAGUCUCAGGACUAUUCUCAAGUCGAACGAUGUCGCUAUGGUUGAGGAGUCGGUGCCUACGUUCGAAGCCCUCUGCGCGCACCAAGACCCGGCUAGCCUCGCCGCAGACCAGGACUACAUCAGCCAGUACGAGGAGAUCGUGCAGCUGUACGCCGAAUUCGCUUCCAAGGAGGCUAUAAAAGCAGGCAAGGCUCCCAUUAGCUGGCCCGUCGCGAUCCGCUUUCGCAAGUCGGGGCUGCAGGCGCUCAAGGCAGUCGCGUCCUCGGAAUCGCUCGGAUCAGAGACUGGGCGCCAGCUCGCAGUCAUAAUACCCGUCAUUCUGUUGAACGUAUAUUCCGAAACCGGGGAGUACUUGCGCCGCCUCGAGAGCCGCGAGAAUGAGAAGGAGGAGCAUGAGAAAGUUGAGCAGCAGAGGCGGCGGCAGAGCAUAUCCACCGUACGGACAGACGAGGAAGAAGCCGAUCCGGUUGCUGCAUCAGGGACUACCGAGGAGGCGGACAAAAUCGCAGAAGAGGAGGUUGGCGUGAUCGCAUUGGAAGCACUGCGGCACAUCUUCCUGGGCGUCAACCGCGGACAGCUGCGCCUUGCGACCUCCGCCGUCCUCAAAUUUAUCGGAACCCAUGUGAAGCCACAGGAACACUUGAAAGAGGAUGGAGUAGGGAACUGGGCGACCACUCUCAUGUCGAAGAUCUGUUCGUGGGCGCCUGUUCAGGAUAGAUAUGCGAUUCUGGUCUGCACCGUGGAAGUGCUCGUGCGCAGCCCGAUCGUGGAAGACGACCUCGAACGGCAGCUCGUGCUCGCGACCGUUAUUAAUCAUCUCCUCGGCUCGACUAUCAACUUCAUCGGACUCAGCGUAAUGGACGUAUUAGUUGGUUUAAUCUCUCACACCCUAUUACUUUUACAACUCGGCGGACCUGGAACCUCAGUAUUGCCGCACCACCAACAGAACACUUCGGUCUUUGAAAAGGACGCCGCAACCCCCAAAGCUUCCGGGAAUCUCGAAGGUGUGGUCAUGGAAGUUGUCAAGGAGCCGUCGCAGUUCCGGUUACAGCUGCUCAACAUCGUUAAGCAGUGCAUGGCUAGCCUGGCAGUGCAUGUGUACUACACCGAUCAGAUUUCGGACAUGGUCGCGGCGAUAUUGAGUCGGUUGAAGCCAUCGCCUAUGGCUGGCGUGUCGGCUGUGGAGGCGAUAGAGGAUCCCUCUGGCGCUGUCAAGUCGGUCGCGGACUCAGCAAACCUCAAAGAGCGACCGCCGGGGGUAGAUCGGUUCUUCUCAUUUGAGACGGCUCGUUUGACGGCCUUGGAAACUGUGAAGAACAUCAUCGAAACCGCAAACACCCGGAGACCCGAUGGCUCAUCAUCCUCUGUUUCCCGACGCUCGGUGAGCGUGAGAGCUUGGGAGGGUACACAAUGGAUGUUACGCGAUCCCAGCGGACAGGUUCGCAAGAGCUAUGUUGACGCAUUGGUGACUUGGUUGACGCUUGAGAAGAAAAAGGAGGACCUGAAGUUUGUUGAUGAUUAUCGCAAGAAGGAGAAGGAGAACCAAGGUGCGCUUGCAAGACGCGCUGUCUCCAACGCAUCGCAACGAGAAAAGUCUCCUCGUAGAGGGAAGACCACCUUCCUUGCUCUAUUGCACCUUGCAAUUUACGAGAACGCGCUCCAGUUCGUCGACUCAGAACCGGACUUGUUGUUGCUUCACCUGCUGCUCACCACUCUGGUCAACAAAUUGGGCGUCAACGCUAUCCGGACGGGCUUACCUAUGAUUCUACGAUUACAAGAGGACAUCUCGACCAUUGAAAACCCAGGGGCAAAAGUGCGAAUAGGCAGUCUGGUCCAUGGCUACUUGUGGACAGUCAGCAUAGCUUUGGACUUCGAGACCUCCACGGUCGGCAGGAUAAUCCACUCUGAGAUUUCUAGGCGAAACGAGAAGGGCUUGUGGGUCAAGAGUAUCCGCGUCCCACCAUUACCUGUGGACCGAAUCGAAACGCCACAUUCUGAACCAGUCAAGCUGCCGGCUGACCUUGUCCAAACCGAAGCUCUCAAGCCGUUUGAUAACCGCGAUGCGCUUGUCGACAAGAUUGCCGAUGGUUAUGCCGAUUCUCUACGCUCGCCUCCAUCUAGUCCACCCGGCUCACCCGGUCGCGACCGCUCAAUGGCGAUGACUGCUUCACCGGUUCGCUCUAUGUCAAUAGCAAUGACUGCGCCUGCGACCCUCGCACCUCCACUCCUACUAUCUUACAAGGUUAAAGAAGACCUGCUUGCCGACUGGAGUAGAGAGGCUUGUCUUGCAACAAACACCAAGGACGCUUCGUCAGCUUCAAUGACAGGCUCGCGAACCGCAACUUCAGCACAGAAAAACAACUACCUCGGCGUCUCUAUCCCUAACGGCAAUCUUGACAGCGCUGCAAACUCUCCUGUACCAUCUCCUCGACGCGCCCACAGUCGGCCUCCUUCCAUGGCGUACGGCCUUGUCGGACGCGUAGCUUCUCCCCACCGAAAUCACAGCCCCUCACGAACACCCGGCAGCAACUCCUCCGUCCACUCCACCGUGCGCGUCGACGAUCUCAAACGCGUGCUUUCCGGCUCAGCACCACGCACCUCCUACUCCACACGCGUCCCCAGCCACCGCAACCACACCUCCUCCGUCGACUCUUCAGCCUCGGAGUCUCUGGUUAGCGUCCACAGCCUCUCGGACGCCUCCUUUAUCACAGCAGACCACAACGCAUCUCAGCCUAUACAGUCCCCUUCCACCCCUGCCGCGACGCACACACCAACUACGGCGUCCCGGCCUCCUUCAACCUCUGGCGCACCCGGCUCGCCGGGCUCACCAACGCACGCUCAGACUUCCCGCGCCCGCGCGUACUCACGCGAUGCUGUACCACCUGUCCCGCCUAUACCCGACUCCUUGCGCGACAAGAGUGUCAGCCCUGCACCUGCGGCAGACCGGCCGAAGACGGCGCCAGGCGGGAACGCGAACGGAACCAUUGACAUGCGGAAGAGUCGGAGUGUGAGGACGAGUGCGGGGAAGAGUGUGAAGGAGAGGAGUGCGUCGAGAGGGAGGGCUCCGUCAGGCAUGAAUGGAAGUGCGAAGAUGAAGAAGCCGGAUUUCGGGGCGUUUUUGGAUAGUAUUGAUGUUGGUGGGGAUGAUGAUGAGGGAUUCGGAGGCAGUGUGAAGAGGGUGCCUUAUUAA